UGAUACACUGCCUCACAAAAUGUAUUUAGAUGAAAACACAUUUAAUUAUUCUCAACCAAAGCCAACGAAAAGCUACUAGUCAACAAAAUGGAGGCAGAAUGUUAACUUCCCUUUUUGUUUUUGCUAACCAGCUAUGUCUCAUGCUAGGUUAACAACUUUGUCCAUGAUUUUAUAAACUAACGUUACUAGCAGUGCAUUUGAUCAUUAAGACGUUUUCAUAUGUUGGAGAGGACUGGACCACACAUUGUGCUUUUCAUUCAGCGCUUCAUGAUGCCCCCGUCGGGUAAGCGCGCCCCGCGCCGAGAGGAGCUGCUGCUGGAGCUGGCGUGUGAGUGGGGCUCGUGUCAGGAGACGUUUGACAGGAUGCAGGACUUCUGCCAGCACGUGGAGAAACAUUAUAAAGCUGCAGUGGACAGUGAGACAGACUUACCAGAUGAGGAGCAUAACUGUCUAUGGCGAGACUGUGGUUUUUGCUCAGUGGAAGGGGAUGCGGAGCUUCUCAGACACAUGUUCUUCCAUUGCUACCACACCAAGUUGAAGCAGUGGGGACUUGCUAUACUCAAGGGCCACAGUGACAUGGGUGACUGCUCGGUCGGCCUGCAUAACCGCAACAUUGUGCCUGAGGUCCAAGAGAACUUCCUCUGUCUUUGGGAGCAUUGUGAGAUGUCUAUGGAUAAUCCAGAAUGGUUCUACAGACAUGUGGAGAUGCAUGCACACUGUCUUGAGGCUAAUGAAGAGAAUGUUUUGUUCUGUGGCUGGAAAGACUGUGAGGCCUCUUUCAAAGGCAGAUUUAAAUUGCGAGAGCACAUGCGUAGUCACACACAGGAAAAGCUGGUGGCAUGUCCGACAUGUGGAGGAAUGUUCGCCAACAACACAAAGUUCUUCGACCACAUUCGACGGCAAACCUCCAUAGAAGGUCAAAGAUUUCAAUGUUCUCACUGCUCUAAACGUUUCGCCACUGAGCGGCUGCUGAGAGACCACAUGAGGAACCAUGUCAACCAUUAUAAAUGUCCACUGUGCGAUAUGACCUGUCCAUCACCAUCCUCGCUGAGAAACCACAUCAAGUUUCGGCAUUCCAAUGAAAAGCCUUACAGCUGUGAUUACUGCGAGUACAGCUGUAAAAACCUGAUAGACUUGCGGAAGCACUUAGACACGCAUAGCAGUGAGCCAGCGUAUCGAUGUGACUUCACUGACUGUGAUUACUCUACCCGUUCCCUUUACUCAAUCAAGAACCACUACAAACGUGUUCAUGAGGGAGAUUACACUCCUCGCUAUAAGUGUCACGUGUGUGAGCAGUGCUUCACCCGGGGGAACAACCUCACUGCCCACUUACGCAAGAAACAUCAGUUCAAAUGGCCUUCAGGGCACCCAAGAUUCAGGUAUAAAGAGCACGAAGAUGGAUUCAUGCGUCUGCAGCUGAUCCGCUAUGAGAGCGUGGAGCUAACAGAACAGCUGAUGCGGGAGAGGCAGGGGGAGGGGGACAGCAGUGAAUCCAUCCAGCAGAACGUCCAGUCCGGGGAAGAACUGGAGGAGACCAUACAAAAUACAGAGGCAGGAAUAAGAAAGGAGGGAGCAGAGGUCUGUAGGACUCAGGAUAAUGCCGAAAGCGUGUUCUUGGUGUUGAUGGCCGGCACCUCCUCAGAAACAGACUCUACUAGGGAGGGGUCAGUGAUGCAUCAGCUACAGGACACUGCCCAACAGCUGGGCAUGGAGGUGGUUUAACAGCACUUUGGAUUACUGGAACGCCCUAAGACUGCUGUGUCAGACAAUAAAAAGGGACAUUAGGACAAUUCAUAUUAACUCAACUCACUGUACUAUGAGACUAACAGGGGACCAAAGCUGGAAUAGAGUGUGUUUUAGGAUUCUGUCAUCCUCAAACACCUUGAACAGAAGAGCUAAAUCACAGGUUAGCUCUGUGAAUUGCUUAAAAAGAUGGUUCACUCAAAAAGGACAAUUUUUGUGAUGUUUACUCACCCUUAUGUCAUUCUGACACAGUAUUAUUUUGUCUGGCAUGACACAGAAAACAACCUUCCUUGUAGAGAAAACGUACGCACACACAGACACACAUGCAAGAGCUCUUAUUGUGUUUCACGGAAGAAGGAAAAUACUGGGUUGGAACAACAUUUGGGUGAUUAAAUGACACCUUGUUUUUGUCUGAACAUUUUACUGUUUGGGUGUGUGAGGGAGUGAGAGAGAAGAGGGUAAAGGUGAACGAAAAUUUUUAAUCCUACUGAACAAUUUAAUCAGCUUUCUUUUUAUGUUCAGUGUUAAUGUGAGGGGAGAAUGACAGUUCUCUGUGGAGGAAUCUUUACAGUGUAUAGUUUUUUACAAUGUGGCAAAUUGCUUGUUUUGAAGUCUAAUUGGAAGUGCUUCGGAGCUUCAAACUGACCAACACCUCUGUUUAAUUUAUUUUUCAACUUUAUAUGUAGGUAAGGAGAUCAGAGAAUGUACAGAAAGGCCCAUUCUGGUGGGUACAGAUUUCUGCCGCUUUUCUAUCAAAGUAAAAAGUAGUUUUAAAAUAAAUUAUCAUUUUAUUUUUAUUUUUUAUAGUUUUGACCUUUCAUUAAAAUACACCUUUUCCAUAGAACUUUUAUUUGCCAUUGAGUCCUAAUAAUCUAAUUGAGAAGGAAAACUAUACUUAAUUACUUAAUUUUAUUUCAAAUAAACAAUGGCAGUUAUUUCAGUA